GUUCAGGACAAGAGGAGAGGAGCAACGCUGAGUUUUCAUGUUGAAUUGAAAUCACAUUGAAAUUCACUCAUGGCUAGAAUAUUUUAUGUGUGUAUAUUGUAUGAAGAUUAACCUUAUUUUUAAGGUCUUUUCUGUGUCAUACCCUCAUAGUGGAUGGAGAACGCUUAGUCUGUCCCUGGUUAGCCCAGUAGGGAACCACACUCCUUGGGUUGCGCUCCAAAAUGGAUCCAAAUGACAACCUGAGCAGAGAGAACUUAAUCUUUUAUCUCACAGUUCCACUCUCUACAAUCAUCAUCCUUGCCAAUCUCUUCAUCAUACUGGGCAUCGCCUGCAACCGCCAGCUCCACAACACCCCAAACUACUUCUUCUUGAGUUUAUUAGUGGCCGAUCUAUGCACUGGCAUCGCACUGCCUUUCAUUCCCCGCAUGGGACUCGACCGGCGGUUGGACUUCAAGCGAUGCUUGCUGAUGUACAUCUUCCCUAACUUCCUAUUCCUGUCGUUCCUCUUUAAUCUGGUGAUGGUGCAUUAUGAACGAUACCUGUGCAUCAUCAGUCCGCUACACCAUAGCCAGUUCUGGGUACACCGGUACUUUCCGUUGGCUUUGUUGACGGCCUGGUUGCCACCGUUGCUUUAUGCAUCACUCCCUGCAUUUGGUUGGAAUAACUGGGUGGAACCCAACACUAACAAGAGCUCCAACUUAAAUGAAACUUUCAUUAGAGCUGGUAACAACACAGAAGAUGAGGUUUGCUCCUACAAGCAGGUCUUUCCUGUUGCCUUUAUCUACUUGGAAGUAUACGGACUGGUGCUACCGGCCAUGUUGUCCAUCGUGGGCAUGACGGGCCGUGUAUUGUGGAUAGCACGCAAGCAGCUGCGUAACAUUUGUAAACUUCAACGUGCCGUGGAUCGUCUGCAGCAGCAACAGUCGGAGCACAAGCAGCAGCUUAACAUGCGCUACGCCAAAUGUGUGGCCGCUGUGUCACUCACAUUCCUCGUUUGCUGGGUGCCGUAUAUCGUCUACCAGCACAUGUCUGUAGCAGCACUUCAGAGCGGGGUGAGCUCUUCAAGCUCUACCUUGUACAUCAUCAUGUCCUGUACAGGCAUUGGGAGCAUGGCCAUCAUUCCCCUCAUACUAGGACUGGCCAACAGGCAGUACACUGAGCCCAUCAGCAGGUUGAUGGUUAAACUGAGGAACCGCUGGAGAGGACAGAACAGCAGAGACAUUGCACUUUGACUAGUGGGUUUAGAUGAACCAAAGGAUGUUUACAUUUAAUCCGUCAAUAACUCAAUAUGACUCUGUUUCGACUCAAGAGUUGUUCUCUUCUAAAGUUCUGUUGUGUGUUGACUAUUUUACAAUAUAAAAAGAACAAAAUAUAUUCUAUUGAUUAUUAAUCACAUCUGUUUGUCUGUCCGUCCGUCCAUCUGUCAAUAACUCUUUGUCUGUCUGUCUGUCUGUCUGUCUGUCUCCCUGUCAAUAAAUACAUAUCUGUCUGUCUGUCAAGAACAGCUUACACAAAUAUAUUAUUUCUACUAAACUUAUUCACAUGCUUUAUAGAGACAAAUAAUAUUACAUUUCAGAUUAGUACAAUAUUAGAUUAUCAUUAGAUGUUCUAUCUAUCU